AUGCGGUUUCUGAGGGCCGAGAGCUGCAGUUUGUCUUACACGCGGGGACAGGCGGUGUCAGGCACUGUGAACGGCAUUCACCCAGAAUGCCGAUUCCAUCUGGAAAUACAGGAGGAGGAGAGAAGGUGUGUGGAGCUUCUCAAGGCUCACGCAGGAGAACACAAAGCCUGCAGCGGGGUCUGGGACAACAUCACGUGCUGGCGCCCUGCGGACGUGGGAGAGACCGUCACCGUGCCCUGCCCGAAAGUGUUCAGCAAUUUUUACAGCAAACCAGGAAACAUGAGCAAAAACUGCACAAGCGACGGCUGGUCGGGGGUGUUCCCAGACUUCGUGGACGCGUGCGGCUACAAGGACCCCGGGGACGAGAGCCAGAUCACGUUUUACGUCCUGGUGAAGGCCAUUUACACCCUGGGCUACAGCCUGUCGCUCACAUCCCUCGUGACCGGAAGCAUGAUCCUUUGCCUCUUCAGAAAGCUGCGCUGCACCAGGAACUACAUUCACCUGAACCUCUUCCUGUCCUUCAUCCUGAGGGCCGUCGCGGUGCUGGUCAAGGACAGCAUCCUGUACUCUGGCUCGGGCACGCUGCCCUGCCCCGACCAGCUGUCCUCGUGGGUGGGCUGCAAGCUGAGCCUGGUACUCUUCCAGUACUGCGUCACCGCCAACUUCUGCUGGCUGCUCGUGGAGGGGCUGUACCUGCACACCCUGCUCGUGGCUGUCGUCUCUCCCGGCUGCUGCUUCAGGGUCUACCUCCUGAUCGGAUGGGGCGUCCCCACCAUGAGCACCGGGGCAUGGGCUACAACCAGGCUCCUGUUGGAAGACACGGGCUGCUGGGACAUGAAUGAGCACAGCGUCCCCUGGUGGAUCAUCCGGGUUCCAAUUCUCAUCUCCAUCAUCGUCAACUUCAUCCUGUUCGUCAGCAUUGUAAGGAUUCUACUCCAGAAGUUGACGUCCCCCGACGUCGGGGGCAAUGACCAGCCACAGUACAGGAGGCUGGCCAAGUCCACACUGCUGCUCAUCCCCCUGUUCGGCGUCCACUACGUGGUGUUUGCUGUGUUCCCCACGCACACCUCCUCCGAGUACCAGCUGCUGUUCGAGCUGUGUGCCGGCUCCUUCCAGGGCCUGGUGGUCGUGGUCCUCUACUGCUUCCUCAACAGCGAGGUGCAGAGUGAGCUGAAGAGGAAGUGGCAUGGCCGGUGCCCAGCACAGCCCGCCGGCCGGGGACAUGGGCUACAGGGCUCCUCCCUGUCUCGGCACGGCUCCGACAGUGCCCUGCAGUGUUCCCGGGGUUCCCGUGCCCCGUCCUUCUUGCAGACAGAGACCUCGGUCAUCUAGGCCGGCAGCCAGCACCGUCUGACCACGUCAAGCUGGCGUGGACUUCAGCCCACAUGUGGAACUGGGGUCAGGCCACGACUGGCUGAUUUAAACGUAAAUAUCGCCAAACUCCAGCUUUUAGAUCAUUUGUUCGUGAUGCUGUUUGACCAUGCAGACAGGUUUGUUUCCAAAGAGAAAGGGGUCAGGUGUGGAGUUACCCAGAUGCGGUGGCUGGAACCGUGGCCAGCAGCGACUGAAGGAAACCGAGGGCGUCCUGCUCCCAGGCCAGCUCUUGCAGACUCGUGGUCCUGCCAGCACGGGGGAUGAAGACCAGAACCGGAGCUGGCAUCUGGACCUCAGGGCCGCCUCCCCGCCAGGUCCUCAGGGUGGCUUCUGGUCUGCAGGACACUGGCACCAGCUGCACCAGGACUGGCAAAGCUAUUCCUUUGCCACAACAGGGCAGACCACAGAAGGGCAGCCAUGCCCAGGGCCCCUAUGCCCUGUCUCCUCACUGCCUCUGCACCAAGCAGCCCAGCAGCCACAGUCCAAGAAAGGCAGGUGAAGAGCAUCGGGCAAUACCAACAGGAGAGAGAAGGGGGGGGCAUUGGCCCCUCUGGGGCUGCGGGAGGACCCCAGCAGCCUGGGCCUGCCCACGGUCAUCUGCCACUGCAUGUGACGUCCAGCCGGGGCUCGGGGUCAGUGUCUGGCGGGACCGGGAAGCCUAUUCUCUUUUUAACAAAAACUGCUUUAGAAUCAUUUCUGUUCAGAUGAAGUUACUUCACAGCACACGAGGUGGCCAGCUCACCCCAACAUGGUGCACAGAAUUCCAGUGCCCCACACGCCAGUGUGCAGGGGCAACUGCACACCACCACCCCAGUGCACAGCGGCCCAGUGCACACCCACAUCCAGGGCAUAGCAGAUGAUGCACACCCACACCCCAGUGUGCAGCAGACAGUGCACACACACAGACACCCCAGGGCAUAGCAGGCAGUACACACCCACACUCCAGUGUGCAGCAGACGGUGCACACACACACACACACACCUCAGGGCAUAGCAACAGUACACACCCACAUGCCAGUGCACAGCGGAUGGUGCACACACACACACACACCCCAGGGCAUAGCAGGCAGUACACACCCACACUCCAGUGUGCAGCGGACGGUACACACACACACACACACACACACCAGGGCAUAGCAGACAGUACACACCACACGCCAGUGCACAGCGGAUGAUGCACACACACACCCCCCAGGGCAUAGCAGACAAUACACACCCACAUGGCAGUGCACAGCGGAUGGUGCACACCCAUACCCCAGUGCACAGUGACCUAGUUCACACCCACAAUCCAGUGCACACACAUACACCCCAGUACACAGUGCUCAGUGCACACCCACAACCCAGUGCACAGAGGAUGGAACACACCCACAGCCCAGUGCACACCGCAAACCAGUGCACAAUGGAUGGUGCACACCCACAUCUCAGAGCACAAUAGCCUGUGCACACCCACAGCCCAGUACACAGCAAACAGUGCACACCCACACCCCAGUGUGCAGCAGACGGUGCACACCCAAACGCCAGUGCACAGUGGAUGGUGCACAACCACACCCCGGAGUGCAGCAGACAGUGCACGCCCACACCCCAGUGCACAGCAGACGGUACACACACAUACCCCAGUGGACCAUGCACACCCACACAUCAGUGUACAGCAGCCUGGUGCCACCUACACCCCAGUGCACAGCGGACGGUGCACACUCACACCUCACUGCACAGCGGCCCGGUGAACACCCACACCCCAGUGCGCAGCAGCCCAGUGCCACCCACACCAGUGCGUCCCCAUCAUGGGCAUGGGCACAGCCCAGCGGGCACAUGUCCUAUGGCUGUUUGUAGAGGUGGAGAGGGCUGAGGCUGGCUGGGACGGACACAGGAGGCGUGGGCAGGGGGGAGGACACCUGGGCACAGCUGCCACUCCCUGCCA